UGCGAAUACGAUUAUUUGAAGUUUGUAACUGUAAUCGGCUUUUGCAUUGUGAUACUACUUCCUUUUACGUAUCUGAGAUGGCAGCCGGUACACUUUACACAUACCCUCAAAGCUUUAGAGCCAACAAGGCCCUUAUCGCGGCUCAAUAUAGCGGAGCUGAUGUGGUAGUUGACAGCAAAUUCAAGCUUGGAGAGACAAACAAGUCAGCCGAUUUUUUGAAGAAGUUUCCUAAUGGCAAGGUUCCUGCUUUUGAGGGUAAAGAUGGAUUUGUAUUGACAGAAAGCAAUGCAAUUGCAUAUUAUGUAUCUAGCUCCCAACUUCAUGGUGAAAACAGCAAGGAUGCAGCCCUAAUUCAACAAUGGAUCAGUUUUAGUGACAAUGAAGUUCUCCCUGCUGCCUGUACUUGGGUUUUUCCUUGCCUAGGCAUUACUCAGUUCAAUAAACAGGACACAGACCGUGCCAAGGAUCAGAUUAAGAGAGUUCUUACUCUGUUGAAUGAUCAUCUUUUGACUCGCACAUUUGUUGUUGGUGAGAGGGUAACUCUGGCUGACAUCAGCCUUGUUUGCAACUUACAAGCUUUGUAUGAACAGGUUCUUGAUCCAGAAUUCCGUAAACCAUAUCAGAAUGUUAACCGAUGGUUUACUACUGCUACCAACCAACCCCAGUUUAAGAAAAUACUUGGCGAGGUCAAGCUUGCUACUAAAAUGGCAACUUUUGAUGCUAAAAAGUAUCAGGAAUUGCAUGGAGGUGCAACUGGAGGUAGUGGAGAUAGUAAGAAAAAGGAGAAAAAACCAGCUCAACCACCACAACCCAAGAAAGAAAAGCCUGCUCCAAAGCCUGAACCUGAAAAUGAGGAUGAUGAACCAAAGUCUGAGUCUAAGGAUCCAUUUUCAGUUUUUCCUAAAGGCACCAUGAACUUGGAUGAAUUCAAGCGUGUAUAUUCAAAUCAAGAUAUCUUGACUGAGGCUAUACCAUAUUUUUGGAAAAAUUUUGAUCGUGACAAUUAUUCAAUUUGGUAUUGUGAAUAUACAGAAAAUCUUCAAGGAAAGAUGGCAUUCAUGGUGUCAAAUCUUGUUGAGGGUAUGUUCCAGAGGUUAGAUAAAUUCAGAAAGAAUGCCUUUGGCAGUAUGCUAAUUUUUGGAGAGUCCAAGAACAAUUCCAUUGCUGGUUUGUGGUUUUGGAGGUGUCCUGAUCUUGCAUUUAAGCUGUCACCUGAUUGGAUGGUAGAUUAUGAGUCAUACUCAUGGAGAAAAUUGGACCCAGAUAGUGAUGAAACAAAAGAAUUAGUGAAGAAAUACUUCCUUCAUGAUGGGGAUUUUGGUGGGAAGACAAUUGCUGAUGGAAAAAUAUUUAAAUAGAUGCAUUAAUGGACAAUAAAACUGUUAAGCCUAUA